CGCUACAACCUGAAACACCGCUACCAAAAUAGAACCGAGAAAGGGUUCCUCUGGGAUUACAUUAGUUUCAAUUUUCUAGGGUUUCAUUCUGUUCAUAGAUUGUGUUUUUUCAACCAGUAAAAAAAUGGGGAAGAAUGAGAAAACGUCGUUAGGAAGAGCCCUAGUUAAACACCAUAACCAAAUGGUACAACAAAUCAAGGAAAAAGGUAGAUAUUACAGGAAACAAGAGAAUAAAGUUCUAGAAUCUGUAACAGAAGUUACUGAUAUUGACGCCAUCAUUGAAAAAGCUGAGGAAGCUGAACGUCUCUAUACUCAUGAUAAUCCUACCCCUAAGUUCCUCAUCAACCUGGAUACAAAUGCUAACGAGAAUAAUGAAAUGAUGACACCUGAGGAAUUGAGAGAGCAACAGUUGAAAGAGGAAAAAUUACAUGCUGGUAGUCUUCAGGUUCCUCGCAGGCCGCCUUGGUAUCCAGGGAUGGAGGUGGAUCAGCUUGAUUUUAAUGAGAAACAGGCUUUCUUAAUCUGGCGUAGAAAACUUGCCAGUCUAGAGGAAAAUGAAAAGCUUGUUCUUACUCCAUUUGAGAAGAACUUGGAUAUCUGGCGGCAGCUGUGGCGAGUACUUGAAAGGAGCGAUUUGCUUGUAAUGGUUGUUGAUGCACGUGACCCUCUUUUCUAUCGGUGCCCUGAUCUUGAGGCAUAUGCACGUGAAAUUGAUGAGCACAAGGAAACAAUGCUACUUGUUAACAAGGCAGACCUUUUACCACUUUCUGUCAGGGAAAAAUGGGCUAAAUACUUCCAAGAUAAUGGAAUUUUGUAUUUGUUUUGGUCGGCUAAAGCUGCCACUGCCGCUGUGGAAGGCAGACCAUUGAUAGGAUUUGAGGAGCAGGAAAAUACCUCGAACAGUGAGACAAAAAUUUAUGGCAGAGAAGAGCUUUUGGCACGGUUGCAAGCUGAAGCGGAGGCUAUAGCUGCUACUAGGAAGAAGAGCACUAUGAAGAAGAGCACUAUUUCCAAGGGUGCUGACCAAGCAGCUAAACACGUAGUUGUAGGUUUUGUGGGUUACCCUAAUGUUGGUAAGAGUUCAACGAUUAAUGCCUUGGUGGGUGAGAAGCGAACUGGUGUAACUUCAACUCCAGGAAAGACAAAACACUUCCAGACAUUGAUUAUAUCUGAAGAGCUGAUGCUUUGCGAUUGUCCUGGUUUAGUGUUUCCGUCAUUUACCAGUUCUAGGUAUGAGAUGAUUGCAUCUGGGGUUCUCCCAAUUGAUCGGAUGACUCAACAUAGAGAAGCUAUACAAGUUGUUGCAAAUCGUGUUCCAAGGCAUCUAAUUGAGAAAGUCUACAAUAUUACCCUGCCAAAACCCAAAGUGUAUGAACCACAAACUAGGCCUCCUCUUGCGUCAGAAUUACUUAGGGCUUAUUGUGCAUCUCGUGGAUAUGUCGGUUCAAGUGGACUUCCAGAUGAAACUAAGGCUUCACGUAUUAUUUUGAAAGACUACCUCGAUGGGAAGCUGCCCCACUUUGAGUUGCCCCCUGGAUUUGACGCUGAAGCUGAUAAGGAGACUGAUGUUGGUCCAAGUUCAUCACUUACUGAUGAUGAUUCAGACUUAUCUGACGAUGUAGAUUCUCCAGCUGUAGAAGGCGAUUUAGAGCAUGCGCUGAAGGAUCUCGAUUCAUACGAGAAAGAGAAUGGCUUGGCUGCAAAAAAGGCUGGAAAGCAGGUCAGGAAGAAGACAGCAACAGCAUCCUAUAAACAGCAUAGGAAACCAAUGAGGAAAAAAGACCGAUCAUGGAGAGUUGGUAAUGAUGAAGGUGAUGGUAUGCCCGUUGUAAGAGUCAUUCAGAAGCCGGCAAACUUGGGACCUAUCAAGGCAUAGGAACCAGUUUUUAUGGCUAUGCAGGUGACCUGAGGAACCGCACUUCCAACUUAAUAUUUUCUUACAUGCGUUAUUAUAGAAUCUCUAAAUACUUAGAAAACUGUCAGUUGACUAAUUAAGCUGUAUUUGAAGACCUUUAGGCUUUAUCAUCAUCAUAUAUAAGCUGUAUUUGAAAGAAAUGUAUUUACGUUUUUCCAGAGCAUUUGGAGUUUGAAUUGGUGUACUUUACAUACAUUUCAGGAUCCAAGAAUAUUUUUUUUUGAACAGAA